CCCCUACAGUUUUCUUAGUAACUAAACAGAGUGUGGUUAACUUUUGAUGGUUUUGUUUUAUUUUAGAUUAUUUGAAAGAAAUGUCUUACUCAUCAGAAGAGGAAACAGAUUUUAGCAAGUUAGAGUUGGAGGAAUAUAGAGAGAAAUAUUAUGAGCAGUUGAAGAAUGGAAGUGUUAAGGUGCAAAUUGCAGAUGAAAAAUAUAGAUGCCCAUUCUGUCAAGGGAAGAAGCAAAAUUAUGCCUACAAGGACCUCCUACAGCACGCAAAUGGUGUUGGGAAGGGUUCAAAGAAAAGGGGUAUAAAAGAGAAGGGGAAGCAUUUAGGUUUAGCAAGGUAUAUGAAAAAGUAUCUUGAUGUGAAGGGGUCACCAUCAGAAUCCACAAGACAGAAUAGUGAUUAUGCUAAGGGAAAAGAUGUGAAUGAGCUAUUUGUUUGGCCUUGGAUGGGAAUUGUAGCUAACAUUCCCCUUGAGUGGAAGGACGAAAGGUGGGAAAGUGGGUCAAAACUUCGAGAUGAUCUUGCAAGGAAGGGUUUUAACCCUGUGAGGGUUCGUCUUCUGUGGAACUGUAGAUGUCAUUCAGGGUAUGCAAUAGUAGAGUUUCAGAAAGAUUGGCUUGGAUUCAAUAAUGCAAUGAUGUUUGAGAAGACUUUUGAAGCAGAUCACAAGGGAAAGAGAGAUUAUUAUGGAUCAAAAUGCCUUGGAGAUAAGUUGUACGGAUGGGUUGCAAGGGAUGGUGACUUCUAUUCCGAAAGGAUCAUUGGUGAACAUCUCCGAAAGACUGGGGAUCUGAAAACAAUUUCUGAGAUUGAAGCUGAAGACAAGAGAAAAACUAAAAAACUUCUGUCCAACCUGACUAAUGUUAUUGAGGAGAAAAAGAUGCAGCUUAAGGAGAUGGAGUGUAAAUAUAAUGAAACAUCAAUAUCCCUAACCAACUUGAUCUCUCAAACUUAUGAGAUGUACCGAGCUUAUAAUGAAGAGAUACAAAAGAUGCAGCAGAAUGCAUGGGAUCAACUUGAAAGGAUCUCCAAGGAGCAUGAAAAGACUACUCUGCAGUUGGAAGCCCAAAGCAAAGAACUCGAGCAGCGUGAAAACGAAUUGAUGGAUCGGGAGAUCCAUAACGAAAAUGAGAGAUGGAGGCUCCAUUGUGAAAAGAAAAUGAAUGAGAGGGCAAUUUUGGAGCAAAAGAAGGCUGAUAAGAAAAUGUGGGAGUUGGCAGAAGAUCAAAAGAAGCAAAAGCAAGAGCUUCAUAAAAGAAUUAUUGAACUGGAAAAGAAACUUGAUGCCAAGCAAAGGUUGGAGUUGGAAAUAGAGUGCAUGAGGGGAGCUGUACAAGUAAUGAAACACAUGGAUGAUGUUGGAGAUAUGAAAGCUAAGAGGGAGAUGGAGUCAAUUGAAAAUGAUCUUAUUAAAGAGAAGGAAAAGGAACUCGAUGAUCUGGAAGCACUAAAUCAAGCUCUCAUCGUUAAGGAGCGGAAAAGCAAUGACGAGUUGCAGGAAGCUCGUAAAGAGCUUAUUCAUGAACUGUCAAAUGGCCAUGCUUUGAUUGGUGUCAAGAGAAUGGGAGAGCUUGAUGAAAAGCCAUUUCACACUGCAGCCAAGAGAAAACAUUCCGAUGAAAAGGCAGUGGAAAAAGCAUUGGAAUUGUGUUCCCUGUGGGAGGAUUAUCUCAGGGAUCCAAGCUGGCAUCCUUAUAAAAUCAUCAAUGCUAAAGAAGGUUCUGAGGAAAUAAUUGAUGAAGAGGAGGAAAAACUGAAAAGUCUAAAGAAUGACUAUGGCGAUGAAGUUUAUGAGGCUGUGACAACAGCCUUGGAUGAGAUGAACCAAUAUAACCCCAGUGGUAGAUACCCGGUCGCAGAGCUAUGGCAUUACAAAGAAGGAAGGAAAGCAACACUGAGAGAGGGAGCAGCAUAUAUACUGGAGCAGUGGAAAUUGUACAAGAGUAAGAGAAACUGAAAGCUGUGUUGUGAAUUUCAGACGUAGAUGAGUCUUGAAAGAAGAAUUCAACAGCUUUAAGGAUUUUUUUACCUUAGAUUGUACAUGCAUGGGCUGCAAACAAGAGUGCAGGAUUAUCCAAUGCAAGUGAAAUGGAGAACAUUUGAACCUCUUUUGUUAAAACUUUAUUGCCUGAGGUAGUGUUUUGAUGUGUAUUGAAAUGAAUUUAUUCCACAAGUAGUUGGAAUAGUGGGAUUGAUCACUACCUGGUUGUGCUUAGGAGUUUUAAUGGGGGCUGAACCGUUCAUCCCAUGUUUCAUCUAUAAUCAAAGAAUAAUUGAUAACAGGUGACAGAUUCUCCCAAUUUCUAUUAAA